GCAAUAAAACCAUGACUCUUCCUACGUCUGUCUCUAUUAACUCAUUCCCCAGGAAUCCAUUCAUUCAUUCAGUGAACAUUUACUCAAGUCUCCCAUGUGCCAGGUCCUGUGCUGGGCGACACUGGGGACCCAGGAAGCUACCAGUCCUGUCAGACUUGUCCAGCCCUGGAGGGAUCAGUGCAGGCCCUAGGUCUUGCUCCAGUAUCCUCGCAGGUGCGGCCAGCAUCAUGGACACCUCACGGGCUCUGCCACUCCUCCUGCUCCUGGCCUCCGGAGUAGAGGUCCUCGCCUUCCAAGCCUCUUCUGAAAUUCAGAGAACCAGUCUCUCUUCGGACCCAGAAAGCUCUUCCCAGGGCCCGGGUGCGAAAGUUCCCUCCACCCAUCCCCCCAGCUGGAAAUUCCCAGAUCAGACGGCAGGCUCAAAAGUCUCCACCCCGCUUUCCAAAUGGUCUCCCAAGGGGCUAAAUUUGAACAGUUCCUUCGGGUCCAAUAUUUCUGCUGAGAGCAAAAAUCUGAAUCUGGAACCCUUCUCUGGAAUGCCCAGUUCCAGUGUGUCUCCUGACACCUUGGGUUCACAAGUUGCAGCCCCAAGCUGGGAGCCUUCCUUGUCUGUUAGGACCCCAGCUUCCAGCAUUUCUGCUCACGUCCCCGAUACUAAAGUCUCUGUGGAGGCCUCAGCUUCAAAAUACUCCCCUAAGGAUGGGGAUCUUGAGUUCUCUGCCCAGAGCCUGGGUUCCAAAGUGUCCUCAGAGGCCCAUGCGGGGACAAGCUUCCCCCUGCAGGCGGGAGAGCCUCUUGCAGUCAUGGUGGGGACCACCAUCCAACUCCGGCUGGUUCCAGUCCCCAGCCCUGGCCCCCCACCCACUCUGGUAGUUUGGCGCCGAGGUUCCAAGGUGUUAGCAGCGGGGGGCCUGGGGCCAGGGGCCCCUCUGACUAGCCUGGACCCCGCUUACCAAGACCGCCUACAAUUUGACCAGACUCAAGGGCGCCUGGAGCUCACCUCUGCUCAGCUGAAAGAUGCUGGGGUCUACACAGCAGAGGUCAUCCGGGCCGGGGUCCCCCGGCAGAUCCGGGAGUUCACGGUGGGUGUGUAUGAGCCCGUGCCCGAGCUGUCCAUGCAGCCCGAGGCUCUGGAGACCCAGGAGGGAGCAGCGGAGCUCCGGCUGCGCUGCAUGGGGUGGGGGCCGGGUCACGGGGAGCUGAGCUGGACGCGGGACGGACGCGCCCUGGAUAUAGUGGAGUCUGCGGGAGCCGAGCCACCGCGGAUCCGCGCAGAGGGCGACCAGCUUCUCAUCGCGCGUCCAAUGCGCAGCGACCACGCCCGGUACACCUGCCGCGUCCACAGCCCCUUCGGCCACUCGGAGGCCUCGGCCAACGUCAGUGUUUUCUAUGGCCCGGAUCUGCCGGUCAUCACUGUCUCCUCGAACCGCGAUGCCAGUCCCGCCCUGUAUGUCACCGCGGGCAGCAACGUGACCCUGAGCUGCACCGCCGCCUCGCGGCCACCGGCCGACAUCACCUGGAGUCUGGCCGACCCCGCCGAGGCCGCCGUGCCCGCUGGCCCGCACCUCCUGCUGCCCGCGGUCCGGCCCGGCCACGCCGGCGCCUACGCCUGUAUUGCCACGAACCCGCGCACCAGCAGCCGCCGGCGCUCUCUGCUUAACCUCACGGUGGCUGAUCUGCCCCCCGGGUCCCCUCAGUGCUCCGUCGAAGGGGGUCCUGGGGAUCGCAGCCUCCGCUUCCGCUGCUCGUGGCCAGGCGGGGUCCCUGCCGCCUCCCUGAAGUUCCAGGGUCUCCCCGAAGGCGUCCGGGAGGGACUGGCGUCCUCUGUGCUCCAGGCAGUGGUCCCCGCCCACCCCCGGCUCAGCGGCGUGCCCGUCACCUGCCUUGCUCGCCACCUGAUGACCACGCGCACGUGCACUGUCACCCCGGAGGCCCCCCGAGAGGUCCUGCUUCAUCCGAUCGUGGAGGAGACACAGUCUGGGGAGGCAGAGGUAGCGCUGCUGGUGUCUGGCUGUCCCCCACCUUCCCGAGCAUCCUGGGCCCGGGAAGGGCGGCCCCUAGCCCCAGGAGGCGGGGGACGCCUGCGGCUCACCGAGGAUGGGCGGAGACUUCUCAUCGGCAACUUCAGCCUGGACAGGGACCUGGGAAAUUACUCCGUGCUGUGCAGUGGGGCGCUGGGUGCUGGGGGCGACAAGGUCACCCUCACUGGACCAUCCAUCUCCUCGUGGAGGCUGCAGAGAACCCGGGAUGCAGUGGUGCUGACUUGGGAUGUGGAACGCGGGGCCCUGAUCAGCCGUUUCCGGAUCCAGGCACAGGUGGAGGGCCCUGAGCCCGGCAGAGCCAUUGCCUCCAAGGACUGGGUCUCCUUGCUCAUCCUGGGGCCUCGGGAGCGGUCAGCUGUGGUGCCCCUCCCUCUUCAGAACCCUAGGACCUGGGUCUUUCGUAUCCUGCCCACCCUGGGAGGCCAGCCAGGGACGCCCUCCCAAAGCCAGGUCUACCAGGCUGGUUCCACCCUGGGCCCCGGGGCCAUCACUGGCAUCGUUCUGGGGUCCCUACUAGGCCUGGCAGUCCUGGCAGCUCUUCUCCUCUUGUGCAUCUGCUGUCUGUGCCGCUUUCGAAGAGAGGCCUGUAAGAAAAAGAAGCAACCCUGCACGUGGACCCCUGUAGCCCCCCAACCGGAAAAGAAGGUGCAGAGCGUGACCCCAGUGCAGACCCCACAGCCUCUGCCCCUCAAAGUACCGCUGGAGAACCCUAGCCCAAUCAGGGCUCACCCAGCCACCAGCAUGCCUCCAGGUGGGGGCCCCAAAACCAUUCGGGCGGCCACACAGGUGUGAGCAGAGAUGUGACUUGCUCUGUGCAGGACUUCGGGGGCGGGACUUCCUAUUUCGCCUCCUAUUUCGCCUUCGGACUUCCUGUCCCGCUGUGAUUGACGGUUGGACCUGGAAAGUGGAACUUCCCGUCUCCCUCUCUCAGCGCCCAAGAAGACUCUCCCUGUAUUUAUUCAACUAAGGAGAUGGGACUCCAGGGCUGGGAGAGACUCCUGCUAACCGAACAGUGUGGUUUGUACAGCCUUCAAGUGGGCAAGGGUCUGUGGCGGUGGGCAGGGCGUGCUGCGGCUGGGAGCUGGAGAGGGUGCCCUGCCUCAUUCUCUGGAAAGGUCUUCCUAUAUCGAUGUUUGCCUCCUCCAGGCUACGCCCCAUCCAGCUCCCAGAAUCUUCAUCUUAAAUCAGAUCACAUACCUCUUCUCUUUAAGCCCUUCUAGAGCUGCCCAUUGCCCUUCAGAUAUUGUUCAAGCUCCUCAUUGUGACCUUUGAAGCCUUGUGGUUUGGCCUCUGUUGGCCUCUCUAUCCUCUCCUUACAGAAAUUUCACCCCUGCUUUUCUUCAUCAUACUUUAGUUUGCCUCCAGGCUUUGCUUCUAGAGUUUACUGCACCUAGAGCAGGAUUCUUUGCUCUGCAUCAUUAAUAUUUCGAUUGUAAAGGGAACUAUUACCAUCUUAGAGGACCCUUCUCUAACCCAUGACCCUAACUUGCCUUGGCUAUGAAUUGGGUCCUAGAGGCUCUGAACCUCCUGCUUCUUGUAUGUAAAUAUGUAAUUACUUGUUUAACCUCCGACUUCCUUUCUAAACUGAGAGUUCCACAAAGGUAGAGACUGUGUCGUUAUCAGCAGCACUUAACACAGAGUUUGGCACAAAAACAUCCAUAAGUAUUUGUCAUCUGAUCAAAUGUCUGGGGCCAAUGAAGUUCAGGGCUUGCUGCUACUCUCCCCAGCAGGAUGACUUCUUUUUCCAAUUGAGUUUCUCACUGGAAAUGUAAGGAAUGCUUCAGUGAAGAUUAUUUUGGCUAUAAGUAAUAAAUGAUGGCAAAAAUAUGGAGGUAGGUAGUUUCAGUGAUAAGUAGUUUCUUCAGUACUACUUCAGUACUACUUCAGUAGUAAGUAGUUUCAACAACUUAGUGAUACCAUCAAGUAUCUGGAUUCUUUGUGUCCUUCUGCUUUGCCACCUUCAGUUGGUUGGCAUAUUGUCUCAAGUUACAAGAUGGCUGCUGCAGCUCCAGGCAUCACAUCUUCACACAACUGUACCUAAUGACAAAAGGGAGCAGGGUUCCUUUCCUCACAUGAAUGAGGGAAAAUUUUCCUGGAAGCCUGAUAGCAAACUUCCCUUAAGUCUCAUUGACCAAAAGCUGGCUAUAUCACUGUGAUGGAGGCUGGGAAACAAAAUAUCUCAGUCUGUGUCAUGGAAGGUGGGCAGAAAUGAAAGUGUAAACAAAUAAUUAAAGCAUAGGCAACUGUCUAUCUCGGGAGGAAAGGAUGUGAGCCGUUCUGGCUAAAUUUGGGUGUGAAAGAGGCCUUUGGAAAACAGAGACCUUGGAUCUUUUUAGAAAGGUGAUGGCUGGAGUCUCUGGAACCUCUACAUCUCAUCUGUCAGUGAGAAUUUUCAUUUCUUUUGUAAUCACUAGAAAUUGAAAACCUAACAUGAGUUGGUUUAAACAUA